GGAAAAGGAAAGUAAUUAAGCACAGACUUUGGCCCUCCCUCUCCACACCAUCACCACCAAUCUUCUCUCUCUCCCUCUCUCUCUCUCUCUCUCUACACCAUGAUCCCUCACCGACGGCGAGAAUUCCAGGCCGGAAACCAGUUCACUUUCCACAAUCCGAUCCACAGGGCGAGCGGUGAGCUGAAUUCUUCGGAUGGAAUCGAGUACGGGACAUGGGCUGAGAGAAUUAAAGGCAGUUAUGGAUACUUCGGCAAAUCGGAUGAUCGUAAGUUUGGCGCAUGGCAACGAAGAACUCCGCCGAAUCUUCAUGGCGACCAAGAUGAUGAGGAGGAGUUCAGAUGGGUGGCAAAAGAAGAUGACGAUGACUCAGAUGUUGCAUCGCCACCGCUGUGGACGAAGCCAGGAUCACCCAUGACUCGAUCAGCCGAGUCUUCUCCAAUCCAUGAUCACAGCCGCUGCCACCACCAUGAUGUUAAAGACCGGUUUCUUUAUCCCACCCCACAAGCGCAGGUCAUUGCCGGAUACCGGCAAGAGAUGUUGAAUAUGGUCCGAGAUAUGCCGGAGACGGCUUACGAGCUCUCUCUGAGAGAUCUUGUGGAGCCACCAAGGAUGGCAAGAGCUGCGCAUGAAACGUUGGUGAGAGGUAGAGAAUUGCCGAAGGAUAAGACUAAGAAGGAGAAGGAUAGGAAGGAGAAGACGAAGAAAGGAAUGAGAAGGAUGUCGAGGAGUGACAGUAUGGACACCGGAGGUUUCCUUCUAAAGAUGUUCCUUCCAAGUUCUCUGACUACGAAAAGGAAGAGCAUUGGAGGCUCUGGUACGUGUGCGAAGGUCUCGCCAAAGCCCAUGUUGGUAGAAGGGGAGAAAGGUGGGCUCGAGAAGAGUACAGAUCGAGACUGGUGGAGAAAGAACGCAUUAGAAGAAAAGGGAAGCAGCAGCGGCAGCAGCUCCGACAGCAGCAGCAGAAGCAGGAAAAUAAGUGGCUGCUAUUGCUUCUUUCGCGCGCGAAGAAAAACAAAGCCAGGGAAAAUUGAGGGCGACUCUGUUGUGAAGGGAAACCAUACAACUAUCCUGUAGCAACCCCUGUUUUAGUUCUGGGAUUGUUUGAUAAUAUGAUCAGUUGAAGUGUACCAGCAUGGCCUGUAUAGGUACUUAUCUUCGUUCUUUUGCUAUGUUAUAUGAACCGAGGUUCGAUAAUUAAACUAUGUUGAUCAAGUGUCACUGUUUGGAAUCACAAGCAUUGUACUUUCCAUAGAUCAACAGAAGAUUUUGGAGGAAAACUGAAGCUAUUUCUUUACCUGAUGAUCCUUUCAAAAUUUAA